AUGAAUUCAAUUAAAAAUAUUGAUUUAGAAAAUAAGCUCACUGAAAAUUCUGAAUCAUCACCUUUCAAAUCUCGAAGAACACUCAUUAAUAGAUAAAACACUGAGACAAGUUUAUAUUUAAAGAAUUUGCAUAAAAACCUUUAGUAUAUAGAAUCAAUAAGUGCGAAUUAAGAAUAAAAGAGAGGACUUAAGAUAAAAAAAAGGCAUGAAUAUGUAACAAAGUUUAUAAAAAAUCUUCGAUCGACUUAAAAUUAUUAUUCAAAAUUAAGUAAUUAUCAUUUUUCAUUGAUUGAUGAUUUAGCUAUUUAUGAGAGUAAGAAGAAUUAAUCACUUGCAUUGAGAACAAUAGAAAAAAUAAUAUGUUUUUAAAAAUUGAUUGAAUUUUUGAGUAAUUUGAUUAACAAAUUACCCUUAUUUCAACCUGAUUCAUAAUAUAAAAGUAUUUGGGAUAUUGUUGCAAUAGUUGCUAGACUCUACUUUUUAUAUUUGAUACCAUUAGAUAUGGCAUGGAUUGAAUAAGAGUUUAUAUUUGAGUUAUUUUAACCACUUUCUUAUAUAAUGUUAAUUUUGGUGUUAAGUGAUUAAAUACUUGAAUUUAACACAGCGUAUUAUGAAUGUGGUUAAAUUGUAAAAUCAAGAAUGCGUAUUUUUAAAAAUAGUAUUUUACGAAACUAUAGUACAGAAUGGAUUUCAAGUUUUAUAUUGAUAAUCUACAGUUUUUUAUAAUAAAAAUAUCGAAUGAGAAUAGAUCCUUAAGAGAAUAUAAUUCAUUUGUCAUUAAUAAUAUUUUUAAUUCAUGUUAGUAGAGUAAGAUAGACAGUGAAACAUUAUGAGUAGAGUUUAAAUGUAAAUAAGAAAUUAUCAUCGAUGAUACAAUUAGGGAAAUUCUUAUUAUUUUUAUUUUAUUUUUUGCAUAUAUUUGCAUGUUUUUGGUUUUGGGUAUAAUAUUAGAAUAUUGUAGAUAGGAUCUUAUAGUGAAUAGAAUGGAGGAAAUAGUUGGGUGAGUAAUUCUAAAGUGUAAGAUUUGGAUUGGAAUUUUUAGUAUUUGGAAGCAUUUUACUUUUCGACAGUAACAAUGUUUACAGUAGGAUAUGGAGAUGUAGCUCCUGUUUCAAAUUUAGAGAAGACUACUUCAAUAUUGUUCAUAAUGAUUACAAGUAUUUAAUUACCGUAUUCAAUAAAUACAGUAGGAAAGUUUAUAGAAGAGAUAACAGCAUAUGGAGAGGAGACAAUGAAGAAAUUGAGUAUAAUAAAUUCAUACAUGGAGAAGAGAAAGAUAUCUUUUAAUUUAUAAAUGGAAAUAAGAUAAUAUUUAAACUAUUAUUGGUAAAAAUAGAAUUAGUAAGAGGAUGAUGAUUAGAAAAAGAUUAUAAAUUAAUUAUCUGAAUGUUUGAAAGAAAGAUUGAUGGGAGAGGCAUAUUAAUCAAUGUUGAAUGAUUGUCCAUUAUUUAAGAAUAGAUUUAGUUAGACUUUGAAAUAGUUAUUGGUAAAGAAGGUAAGAAGUGUGAUAUAUGCACCUGAAUCAUUUAUAGAUAAUGAUUAAAUUUAUUUAUGUUUUAUAGAUGAAGGUGAAGUAGAGAUUCAUUUAGAGAUUAAUAGAUAAUUUCCAGUUGGUAGAUAAAUGAAAGGUCAAACUUUAGGUAUUAGUAGUUUUAUAACCGGAAAAGGAGCACCAGAAAAAUUCAAAUGUUUAUCAUUUACUAAAAUUAUGUUAUUAAGUAGAGAUGACUUUUUAAAAUGCUUAUGUGAAUGUCCUUCAGAUUUUGAAAUCUUUUGUUAAAUGAAGGAUUAUUUAACAUUUAAUCCAGGAAAAUAAUUACAUCCUACUAAUUGUUUUUCAUGUGAUUCAAAUUAACAUAAAUUAAUUGAAUGUCCUUUAAUUCAUUUUGUACCUGAUAGAGAAUAGAUUUUAAAAAAACAUAUUAAAUCAUAAAUCUAAGAGAGAUAAAUUAAUAGAUAGAGAACUAAGUUUAGAUAUAAUAAUUGUAGAUACAAUUUAUCAGAAUUAACAAAAGCAGUUUGGAAGAUUUAAUCUUAAAAGUUUGAAAGAUUAAAGUUAUAUUAUGAUCAUGAAGAGAUUAAAAGACAUUUAAGAAAGAGUAGAAGUGUCUCAUUUUAUAAUGAAAAAGACAUUAUUUCUGAAUAUAAACAUAGAUUUAUUAGUAUGGUCAAAAAGAUAAUUUGUAUUAAUAGAUUGAGAAUUCUACCUAAAACAAACAUUAAAAAAAAUUAAUAAAUGAAAGAAUAGUUUUUAAUUAUGUUAUUAGAUAGAUUGAAAUUAGCUAAGAGAAAUGAAAGAAUAUUUAAUAAAGAGAUUGGUGAGAUUUAAGAUCUGAUUGAUAGAUUUAAUUAAAAGUCAAGUUUAAACGAUUUUGAAAUGACUCAUGAAUAUUAAUUUUACAACAGCACGAAUAAUUUAUCAAAGAUUCCAAAUCUAUAGACUAAGUUGAAAAUUGGAUUAAUAAUGAAAUUUAUGCCUUAUUUUCUAUAUCCAGGAGAAAUAAUCAAAAGAUUUGGAUGUAAACCUUCUAUACGUAAUAUCAUUAAUUAUAGAAGAAGGAAGAAUGUGAUUUUGAUUUGAAUAAUUUAUUU